AUGGAUCUCAGCCUGAGUCUCGCUUCGUUACAGAAGACUUCGCCAACACAUGGAUCCAGCGGCUUUCCUGGAGAACACUGGCCCGGUAGGAACUUUGCAUUAUUGUUAUUAGGGCUCAAGCAGGGCUCACGAUCGCUGGAGGAAUAUGUUGUGGAAUAUUUGGACAUUGCUUAUCAUUCAGACUUGCCGGACUGUGCGCUGAUAGACUUUUUCUGUGAGGGCAUUAAUCAGCCACUCAAAUCACAACUCAUUCGUGAGGGACCCCGUUCAUCUCUAAGUCAGUUUCUGGAUUAUGCUUUAUUGACUGUUGGCUCUCCGUUUACUGUGGGUGUCGUGGAGAAAUACGACACCUCGCUGAAUCAUGUAAUGGCCGCCGCGCCAGAGAACACGCACAAAAUGGCGGCCACCACUACUACAACACCAAGUCAAGUCUCCGCUGAUCUUCGUGAGCCAAGUCGAGUCCAAGUUAAACUUCCUGAGUCACGCCACGUCUCCGCUAAUCUUCCAGAGCCAGGUCUAGUCGCCGCUGAUCUUCUAGAGUCACGUUCCGUCUCUGGAUCUGUUCGAGAACGGAGAGGGUUGCUGUCCAGUGUGGAUGAUCCACCGCUGACUUCAGCACGAGCGGCUGGCAUUCCUAAGCCUCCGCCGGUUGCUACGCACUCAGGCCCGCCGGUUGCUACGCACUCAGGCCCGCCGGUUGCUACGCACUCAAGCCCGCCGGUCGCUAUGGACAAGAUGGCCGCUUCGCCAGUGCCCACGGGCAAGAUGGCCGCCCCUCCAGUGUCUGUGAACAUAGGGGUCGUCCCAGCCAGUGAGUCCGCUCCAGAGCCCGCUCCAGCCCGGGAGUCCGCUCCAACCCUGCAUGCUCUUCCUGUCAGUCCUGUCAUGGCCAAGAGGGCUGUCUUUACCUUCUAUGUUUUGGCGGUCCUGCGUGCCUGGAGGUCGCACUCAAGCUCUUUCGACCCUGGACCAGUCUGUCAGCCCGCUGCCGUCCCAGAGCAGCCCGCUGCCGUCCCCGAGCAGCCCGCUGCCGUCCCCGAGCAGCCCGCUCUCCCUGAUACACCCGUGAAGGCCGUCACCGAGCAGCCCGCUCUCCCUGAUAUGGUCACGGAGCCCCCUCGGUCUGCCCUGCCGGCGCCACCCAAGCUUUCUGCCCUACCGGCGUCGCUCGAGCUCCUUGCCCACGAACCCGCCAUGGCCACCAUUGAAAUCCCCAAGAACUUUUUGGGGGGGGGGGCCAUAUACUUGAGGGUGGGGAGCUUGUGGGUGGGGACCCUGCACGGCCGCGAUCAUCAGCGGCCUCCGAACUGCUUGAGCUUGUGGGUGGGGACCUUACACGACCACGGCCUUCAACUGCCUUUGAACUGCUAUGGCCGGCUACGGACUAUAGCUCGCUAUGGCCAUCUAUGGACUCUGACCCGCCGUGGUCUUCGAGGGACUCUGACCUGCCGUGGUCAUCUACAGCACCUGAUCUGCCGUGGCUGCCCAAGCCACCUGACCUGCCGUGGUCGCCUAAGCCACCUGACCUGCCGUGGCUGCCCGAGCCACCUGACCUGCCGUGGCUGCCCGAGCCACCUGACCUGCCGUGGCUGCCCGAGCCACCUGACCUGCCGUGGCUGCCCGAGCCACCUGACCUGCCGUGGCUGCCCGAGCCACCUGACCUGCCGUGGCUGCCCGAGCCACUUGAUCUGCAUUGGAGACCCCGUUCCUGUCCACGUCUCCAAUGCACCCACCCCCCCUCCCUAUCUGUGCCAUUUACACCGCGAGGACGCGCCUUCCGGAAGGGGGGCGUUAUGUCACGAUCACCGUCUGUUCCUGUCAGUUCCUGGACUCCAUUUCCCAUAA